AUGUGGCGGCUCGGCAGGCGGCGGCCGCAGCAUGUGGCGGCAUGCCACUUUUGCGGCACAGAGUCGGUCAUUGUGCCGCCGUACGGGGAAGAGAGUGCGCUCAGGAAAGCGGCGCAAGGCAAGGAUGCUCGCUCGCAUCCGCUGUCGUCCGGCACAAACACGCGCUGGUUCUGCGCUGUGUGUCACAUGUGGAAUCACCGGGAUGAGCACGGGCACGUACUGGACCUGUAUGAGCGUCCAAUGUGGGACGCCGACGCGAAUCACGACUCGUUUGCGACGCGGCAGGCUCCGCAAGCUGCGCCGAGCGUCUUUUGCCGCUCAUGCCUUGCGAACCAGACGAUUGUGGCCAACCUGCUGGCCAACUACCUUUCUGAUGACGAUGCGCAUCUCGAGAAGAAUCACCAGCGCGUGCGCAGCGAGGCUCUCAGCCACUGGAUUGCGCGGCAUGCGGCUGCCGCGUCGGCGCCGGCAGAAACGGAGGAGGUGCCGGCUCGGCGAUACAGUGCGUGGCACACGACGUACGCUGCGCUCGUGUUGAUCGCCGGGACAUUGAGCCCUCUGUGCGUCGCUCUGGCCCUGCCGACGUCGCUCUAUACGGGCAGCUGUGCAGUAGCAUGCCUGCCGACUUGGUGGGACAGCUGUGCGGCGCACAAGGACCGCCUCGACGCCCGGGCUAUUCGGUACAGCACGCGGGGUGAGCGGGCCUGGCAGGUGGUGCAGCUCGUUCUUUGGCUGAUGCGACUGGGGGUCGUCUAUAUGUGGCGUGUCGGAGCGGAUCCGCGUAUGAUAGGCGCGCUGGGCGUGCUGCAUGCCGUGCUCUGCCUCUCUGCGCUCAGGGCGUACGGCCUUGUACCCCAGGCGCCGCUGCAUUUGGCGCCACGGCCGGUCGAGCUCAAGGCACCGGCCCCUGCCGACCCUGUGGCUGCGCCUCAUCCACUUGCGGCCCUGUCCCUGGCGGACGAACCGCGGAUGGGAGCGCCCCUCGAUACCCUGUGGCAGGCGUCGUCGGGCCCCGAGGCGAUGGAUGUGGACCCUGAACCGGAGCCGCCUGCGCCGCGCCCCUUUCCCCUAGCGCCGCCGCAGUUUGGCGGGCGCAUGAGCAUGCGGCGCCGAGCGCCGCGUGGCUGA